UACACCAGUUUAAAAAAAAACACAUUUGGGUCACGUCAAAGGAACCAGCACUAAUAUUAGAGGCUGCUGCUUUCAGAAGAGCUGCCAAGCAGCGCCGCAUAAAGGCGUCUUAGCCAGGGGAUAGUCUGUCACAAGGACUGGAAAGCCUGGUUUUCCACGGGUGACAUUUAACGCCACACGCGUUGUCAGGACGGAGGGGCUUCACCGUGCGUAACGCAGAUACGGCGCUGGAUCCGCAGCCUUCAAACCAUGAGUACUUGCAAGUGUUUAAUUUGAAGGCGGCAUAUGCACUCUUCUGCAGAUAUGUCUUUCUUAACCAUACCAAGCCAAGAGGGCCUUUUCAAAACGAUUAAAACCAGCAAAGCGGCCGGAUUGGAGGAGGGUAGUUCACGAACGGACGCCGCUGAGGAAAACGACGAUGAGGAGGAUGAGGAUGAUGAUGACACCGAUGAUGUCCGGCUCAUCCCCAGGUGUUCCCCGGUGCCCAGAAAGCGGGGCGCGUCCAUCUUCGACGAGACAGCCGAGUACAUGCGGAUCCACCAGGCGCUCUCUGCAGGAAAGCGGGUGUCGUUCGCCGACACAACAGGUGGAGAUCUGGUGGACGUGCGCGAAUUCGCAGCCUUCGACUCGGACGAGGAAGACAGCGCAAAGUGGCAGGAGGAGGAGGCGAAAUACCGCAAAGCAGAGCGGGAGCCGACCUAUCGAGUGCACCCGGAGUUCCACGUUCCCAGCGACGGCGUCCUGCUGCAGGCUGUGCGCUCCAACAAAGUGGAAGUUGAACGGAUAUCCCCAUUGGAGGACGAGCCGCUUGCGUUCAGUGGAGUAAUUCGAGUCCUGAACAUCUCCUUCCAUAAAGCGGUGUACAUCAGAUCAACCAUGGACAGCUGGGGCACUUACUUUGAUCACCCUGCAGAGUAUGUGUUGGGAUCUAACGUCGACGACACAGAUCAGUUCUCCUUUAAGCUGUCUUUUGCACCACCGUACACAACGCACGGCUCACGCAUCGAGUUUGUCGUGCGCUAUGAAACCUCGGUUGGUGAUUACUGGGCCAAUAACUUUUCCAGGAAUUACGCUGUGACGCUGCUUUUGUCCUAUGAAGAUAAUUCAGCCCAGUCCAGCAUUGAUAUGACACAAAAAAGAAGCAUCCUGAAGAGUCCGAAAGUCUACAGUCUGACAUCAGAGGAAGAUCAGGAGAAAGGAGAAGAGGAACCAGAGAGUUUAAAAACAGAACUAGUCAGGCCAGCAGCUGAGUGUCCAGUCAUCAUUCAUCCUGAGAUCGAUGUGGAGAAACCCGUUCAUCAGUCCAGCGCCUCCGCCGCAUCUCAACAAAGGCCGCUAUCUCCCAGCACCCCGCCGUCCAAACCCGCUGCACCUUCAGCAACCUCCAAACCCGACCUUCAGUCCAAUUCUGCCGAUGCACUCGAACCAGAUAAGUCUGAGCCUUUGCAUUUACUCCACCAGAAGCACGAGAAAGAAACACCAGAGCAGCUUAUGCAAAGCCGUCCCGCUGCGUUGUCAUCUCCCAUACGUCCUUCAUUUCAAGAACCCGAACAGAUAUCAGACGAGUCUCAGGCUGAGAGAGAGGAAAUUCUUCUUUGCUUCUCUCCUCUGUCACCAGCAGCAGGAGACAAGAGCAUGGCUGCUGAGUGUGUCUCCUAUCUCAAUCAGCUGGACGAAGUCAAUGUAGAACGCAUCCAUCUGAGAGAAAGGUUUUUAGAAAUGUCCGCAGCCAGAAGACCUGCAGUUGAGACUCGUCCAUUUGUGGAAGCAGAGGAUGGAGGUCGACCAUCAGCGAAGGCCGCUGAGCCGAGCCAAGACGCCGCUCCUCCCUCUGCCUCAUUCGACGAUCCACUAGGCCUGAUGUCUGGAGAAGAAGACUACAGCAUCGAUCUGAUUCCGUGCCUCAUCUUCAUGGGUGUUUCCCUCUCUCUGAUGUGGUGGAAACUCUUUAGCAGAAGGUAGAGAAGCUGCUCAAUAAACCAAAGAAGGAGCCACCUUUGUCUUUAUAUCUUUAUUUGAAGCGUUCAAAGACUCUGGUCAGAGAAGCAGAACCCCGAUGUAAGUUUUCCACACAGUUAUUUACACACACACGCACAAGUAUGAGUAUGUUCCAAGCUAAAGAAAAUCAGAAGAGAAACAGGUCCGGAUAUGGAGAUACAACGAUACCAAACAUAUUUGAGCCUGGUUCUUACACUUUAUUUAGAAACGGACACAUUUAAAGUUUUCCACUACACUAGUAAUUCUGGUUCUUCUGGAUUUGCUCCUAAGGUUCAGUCUGAUCUGCUGUCAAGCGAAGUGCCUUUUAAUGAUUCCAAAAAGAAGCCAGUGAGUUCACUGACGCUCACGUCUAUCUGAUUUUUUUUCAGAAUUCAAACACACAGAGCCUCGUAAAAAUGUUUAUCCCCGUUAAGCUGUUUCACAUUUUGUUAUGUUGCAAAAGCACAAAAUCUAGUAGCUAUCUUAGUACACCGGAAAUGAGACAAAACUAACUUACAAUCAAGAUAUAAGAGCUUAUUUUAGGUAAAUAGUCCUGCAAAUUAUUUCAUUUAUGACCAGACAUUUUUCCAAAGUUAUAGAAGCUAAAACUUUUUCAUAAAUAUUAAGGAAUUAUUGACCCAAAUUUCUUGCUAAAAGGUUAAAAGUUAGCUUUUUCUUAUUUAUAGAGUGAUAUUUCAUGUUUUUGCAGUGUAUGCUACAACUACAGUGCAAACUUUCAACUAUUUCUUCGGGGUUUGAUGUGAUGGAUCAACCCACACACAUUACUGUAAAGUGGAUUCAUGCAGAGAUGCAGAGGAGCUAGUCAGAGCUAAAGAGGAGACAGAUGAAGCUAAAUACUGAGGAAAUCUGUAGGAACCUGUGAAAUACCUCAGAUCAGGACAGAGUUGAUUUCGACCCUGAACAAUGAGCCAGAGAUCAAAUGAUCAGAGCACAUUCAUGUGUCAGAUAAAUCCACUCACGGAUUUUUUGUAAGACUCAAAAACUGAGAUUUCCUUCUAAUCUGAGUAUCAUCUGUUUUGCUUCGAUUCAUUUUCAGAUUCUCAUUUGAAAAUAACAAAACAAUGCAUUAUUUUAUAACUUAUUUUAUUUUGAUCAAAAAUAAUUAAAAUAUGUUGAAGUUUGUCACUGUAAUUUAACAAAAAUAUUGAAAUCUAAUGGGGAAUGAAGACUUUUGCAGGCUUAUGCCAUGUAUGUAGCAGAAUAGCAGAAGGAAAGCACAAUUGUCUUCUGCAGACAAUCUAUGAAUUAUCUUUUCUUGUUGUGUGAAAAUAUGACCAGUAUGUUGUGUGAUAUUGUCCAGUUUGUGUGAAGAUGCACUUUUUGUUGCACUCUUCGUAUGUAGCACAGGUUCAGGUUAGAAAAACAUGAAUAUAGCCAGUAAAAUUAAAAGUGACGCCAGUGAGAAAGUGCCUUAAAGUCUCUUAGUGAUUCCCAUUUUAUCUAUAAAACAUCUGUAUUUUGUAGACAACAUUCACUGUUUAAAAAUAGUUAUUUCUUCACGUAAACUCAUCAUGCUUUUCAGAAUUACGUUGAAAAUGGACCUUAGACUAUAAUAACAUCCAGCUGAUGAAGCCACAGUUUUUGAUCUAUUUAUGGUUUCUUGCUGCUGAUUUUAUUAAGUGGAUCAUUUCCUGGCGUAUUCUGGCGUCCUGGUUCUCUGAGAAAAUGUUUAUUUUCUUAAUAGUUUCCCGUUUUAAAGCACAUAUUGACUAUUUAAGGGUGGCUAUUCUCAAGUUGAUCCAGUUAACUGAAUUUCUAAAAUUGUAUUUGUAAAAAUAAAAUACAAUAAAAGCCUCCCAUUUAGUUUCCAAAGAGAAAUAUAUUUUGUUCAGGCAAAAAGAAGGCAACUUCCACAAUCGUUAAAAUAAGCAAUUUUAUAUUUAAAAAAACAGGUAAACUUGAUUUAUCUGCUCUGGAAAUGGUUUUUGUCUCAGUUAUAGAUCCAGGCAAAGUAACUUGCAGGUUAGAAGUACAAUUAGUGCUCACAGUUUUUACUUUAAAUGAUCUGUUUAUUUAUGUUUUUUGUGAAUUAUGUUCCCAGCUACAGAAAAACUAAUUGGUGUUGCUGUUUCAUUCGCCAGUGUUACCCAUUUGAACUGGAAAGUAUGAAAAGAAACCCUAACAUCCCUUAAAAUUGUAAAAUCAAGUUCAAAUUUCCACUUGGAAAAUUCCAAACUGACGGCCAUGCAUUAAAAAAACAGCAACAGCUUCACUUAUGAACUGUUUAUCUGCAUUUAUGAGAGCUUGCAUUUCAUUAAACAUAAAGAGCUGCACUCCUUCCUUUCAUAAGUCCAAAUUUCUGCAAGGUUUAAGUGUACAAAAAACAAGAAAAAUGCAGGAUUGUUACUGUUUUAUGCUAACAAUAUUUAGUCCAGUCUGACCAAAACAGCUAAUCAAGCAAAUAUGGAAAUCCCACAUAAUUCACUUUUAUUUUUAGCAGAUACUCUGCAGCACAGGUCAUUUUUGCAUUAGCCGGAAACUAGUUAGGAAUCCAAAAUGGCUGCCAUAUGUUCAGAAACUGCUGCUGUAAUACAUAGUUUUGUAUCUCACACACACUGGUCUGUUGUUGAACGUCCAGUUUCAUGUUUUGAAUGUGAAAUACAUUUUCUUCCAUCGCUAAUUUUAUGUAGCUUCACUGGUUUUCCAACUGCAAUGAGGUCAAAUUGGGUGAGAGUUAGAUCAGAC